AUGGUGAUACUUGAUAUCCAAUAUGGGAUUGCACUAGUAAAGUUAGACCCAAAGACGUCACUACUGCCAACUGCGAAACUUGGUAAUUCAAGUGCGCUUUGCCAAGAGGAUUGGAUAGUCUCCUUUUCAUCUCAAGAAUACGUAUUCUUGAUGGUUAUCAUUGGAUACUAUGGUGGACCUUUGAUGAACUUGGAUGGAGAAGUUGUAGGUGUUAUCUCCAUGCACUACAAAGAUGCACAUGGAAUCGGAUUGGUUGUGCCAAGUGACUCGGUAUUCAAAACCAUUGAGAAGUGGAGUUAUGGAUGGUGUUUCAUGGGCAUCAUGAUAAAGAUUUCAAUGUUACGAGAUGGUGUUUCAUGGGUCCGACGCUGA